CUUUCCCUCCACUUUUUUACCGCGAGAACGAAGCGCGGCAAUAGCAGAAGUAGCUUCCGGGUAAGCUCUGGCUAUCUCAGUUCCAACCUCUGGGCUCAGAUCAUCUUCAAUUCUCCACUUUGCAAUGCAUCAUUUAGGGUUUUGCAAAUCGAUUAUAGUUCUUGGCAUUCAUCUCAUUUGAAACUUGUUCUGCAUAGAACAGAUGAAGAUGAAGGAAAGGAAGCACCGAAAAAGAAACAAAGAGACUUGCGAUAGGAUCAGCCUCCUUCCAGAGACAAUUCUGCGCCAAGAACAAGCUUCUUGUCCAAGAAUUGGAGGAACCUUUGGACUUGUAUUCCUGUUCUAGACUUCUGGGAGCCCAUAUUUUAUAAUUGAAAACUAGAAUAUUAUUUCUUUGAUCUGGUAAAUGAUAGAGAUUACUACGAGACGCGGAAAUGGAAGAAGCAAUCGGCCGAUUUGGUUGCUAGAUCCGUACGUCUUCAUGAGGGCCAAAAUGUUCGUGAACUCAAGAUAAGCUUCCACUAUCUUGACUAUUAUGAUCUUACGACUCGUGCUGAUCAAUGGGGUUCGCUUUGCAUUCACAAAUUUCCCUGUGGUCGAUCUGAACUUCUCUGGUCGUCGUUGUAAUCCUGACCCUUGUCCUGAAAAGCUUUAUCAGUUGCUUCCUUGUCCUUAUCCAUCCAAAUUGUUGAAAGUUCUGAAAUUAAAUUUUUUCCUGCUUAAGCCAUUGGAGCACAAGAGUUUUCCUCACCUAGAGACCGUGAUUCUGACUGAAGUUUAAUUACCAGAUACGUCGGUUCAAGAUCUAAUCUUUAUUUGUCCUCACCUGGAAUCUCUACAUCUGAAGAGCUGUUAUCUUCCGGAAAAUUUUAGUAUCGGCGCCCCACAUUCGCUACUCAAGCACUUCUGGUUGGAUUCAUGCUUGAAGUUAUACAGAAUAUCAGGUUUUUGAGUCCCAUAUAAACGUUCCAAGUCUUUUGCACUUUCAGUUUGUGGGGAAGAUGGUGGAUGGAUUAUUUGUAAAGAAUUUAUCAAAGCUUAUUGAUGCAAGGUUGGAGUUUCAACAGGAUUUACUUUUUACUACUCAUGGUGGAACGCUUUGUGAACUUCUGGAGGAUAUGGAUCAUGCCAGGGCUUUGACCCUUUCAAGCUGGUGUCUCCAGGCUCUGCCAAUUGUGGAUGAACUUGAUGGGUUGCGAGAAAUUUUACCUUCUCCAGUCCACAAUCUAAGGCAUUUAACACUUCAAACAGGCUUGGACAACUAUGGACCUGUUGGGUUAGCUUGCUUGUUGAGGAGCUCUCCUAAUCGGGAGACUCUUUCAAUAGAUAUUUGUAAUUCUAUUAAGAUGGAUUGGGAGUACAUAGAUGAACCUGAAUACUUGGAUAUUUUUCAUCUUGAUGGGGGAAAAUUUGGGGAGUCACAGUUGCUUCUCUUUGAUUGCUUAACUCACCAUCUUAAGAAAGUUGAGAUCAAUGGCUUUAUGGGACAAAACCAUGAAAUAGGGCUAAUAAAGUUUUUGGUGCUGCCGAUAAGAGAUGGAGUUGAUGGGUUACAACAAAGUUUGCCUUCUCCACUUAGGUAUCUGAAGUAUUUAACAGUGAACACAGGAUUGGACAAUUGUGGGGAAUUCUUGGACGAUGCUAUGGAUUUAGAUAAUUUUUAUUUUGAGGGAGAGAAGUUCUGGGAGUCACAGCCAUUGCCAUUUCAUUGUUUACAUCAUCAUCUCUGGAAAAUAGAUUUGUUUGGCUUUGAGGGACAAGACCAUGCAAUAGAGUUGGUAAAAUAUUUGCUCAAGAAUUUGAUAGUCUUGGAGGAAGUGGUCAUUAAUUAUGUGGAAUUCAAGUCGUCAUCCCAUUAUGAGUGUUUGGAAUUCCUAGAGGAACAGAUGAAUAAUCUUCAGAAGUUGUUGGCCUUCCAAAGAGCUUCACCUUGUGCUGAAAUAAUAUUCUCUUAGAAUUUCUCUUGUUUCCUCUUUUGGAGAUCUAGUUCAGAUUAAAAUCAAUAGUUGUUUUGGCAGUGACGUAAUCCUACAUCAAGAGAGUUUGGGCACUCUUUUAUCUAAUUCAAGGAAUCAUGUUUGUGCUUCAGAAUGUAAAUUGAUGGAUCUCAGAUCUAGACAUUUCUCCUGACCCUGUUAUUGAUAGCCGUGUCUUCUGUACUACAGAUGAUCCAGACAACAUGUUAGGAAGAACCAACUCUUCCUUUUUUCUGAACUAUCCCGUUUUUUGUUUGUGGUGAUGCUACUAACCAUUUGAAAGCAGCUUCAGGAUGGGCUUUUGGCAUCUUUUUUCAAGGUUGAUUUAGAGCUAUCAGUAUUAGUUUUGAGCCCACAAAGCAGCAACUGGAUGCAGAAGCUUUGGGAAUUCUGGAAGGCCUGAAAUUGGCUUCUCACAAGGGAUGGAAUAUCACUGAAGUUUGGUUCUCAACAAAGGAAUUAUUUCAGCUUAUUCGGCAACCAGAAGGAUCCCGGCCAUGGCACUCCUUUCCUAUUUUUUUGGAUAUUUACUUGAAUUAUAGGGCUGUCUCAUUUUGUUUCACUAGCACUAGUAGUACAUAUCUACGAGACAGGUAAGCAAAAGUAAGAAGGGAACCUCUGCUUCUUGUAGAUCUUGAUUCAUUUUCUUUAUUGAGCUGAUCUAAACACUAUUGAGAUUAUCUAAACACCAUUGAGCUAAUGUGAAUCA